CCUUACGUCAGCCGGAAGCGGAAGUGCACACGUGCGGUAUCAGGGAGACACCACGCUCUUGAGGCCGCGAAACUUUCUCCGGUGAGUUCUCGUGUUUCCCCCGAAGCUCCGGAGCCUUCGGACCCGUUCCACUUCGGACUUCUCCCGCGUCACAGUGAAGCCUCGUGUUCGUCAUGGCCGUCAGAGCUUCGUUCGAGAAGAACAAUGAGAUCGGCUGCUUCGCCAAACUCACCAACACCUACUGCCUGGUGGCGAUAGGAGGCUCCGAGAACUUCUACAGUGUGUUUGAAGGAGAGCUGUCAGAAACCAUCCCGGUGGUUCACGCCUCCAUCGCAGGUUGUCGCAUCAUCGGGAGAAUGUGUGUGGGGAACCGUCACGGUCUUUUGGUGCCGAGCAACACGACGGACCAGGAGCUGCAGCACAUCAGAAACAGUUUGCCGGAAGCCGUGAAGAUCCAGAGAGUCGAGGAGCGGCUGUCCGCCCUCGGUAACGUCAUCGCCUGCAACGACUACGUAGCGCUGGUCCACCCCGACCUCGACAGGGAGACGGAGGAGAUCCUCGCCGACACCCUGAAGGUGGAGGUUUUCCGUCAGACGGUAGCCGAGCAGGUCCUGGUCGGCUCCUACUGUGCCUUCAGUAACCAGGGAGGCCUGGUCCACCCCAAGACGACGAUAGAAGAUCAGGACGAGCUGUCAUCUCUGCUCCAAGUUCCCCUGGUGGCCGGCACGGUGAACCGGGGCAGCGAGGUGAUCGCCGCGGGGAUGGUGGUCAACGACUGGUGCGCGUUCUGCGGCCUGGACACCACCAGCACAGAGCUGUCCGUCAUCGAGAGCGUGUUCCGACUCAGCGACUCGGCACAACCCUCCGCCAUCGCCACCAGCAUGAGGGACUCGCUCAUCGACAGCAUGGCCUAAGCCAUCUGUCGCCGUUUCCUGCCGUGGAGGAGCUGUGCUGCGAUUGGCCUGGUCUCGCGUCCGACGCGUCCGCCUGCUGGACUCGUUCAGACGUCCCAGCGUCCCCUGCAGCUGUAUGACAUCAUUUUCAAUCUUCACUGAGACCGUCGUCGUUUAAAAAAAAAAAAAAUCAUCUUUCUGCAACGAAAUCACCCGAGUAAAAUAAGUUUAAAGGGAAGUCGGCCGCACUCGCUCAUCAGCGGUGGUCGUUUUCCUCAGAGGCGGCCGUGAGGAAACCUUUCCACACGUUGAGGAAUCAGAUCUCAGCCUCUGUGUCUACGACGUGAAUAUUUUUAACCAGGUUGAAAUGACUCCAGAAGUGAUGAAGGCUCAAAUAAAAUCUAAUAAAUUGUCUGUGGUGAAAUGUGUCGGGAGCAGAGUCCGUUUCCUCCACAGAAUCACAACUGCUUCAGUUGGUGCAGCGAGGGCGCCCCCUGCUGGCUCGUGCCUGUUGUCACUGUUGUUGCUUUUGUUUUUCGUUUCCUCGCCCUCCACACACAAGCGACACGCGCUCCUUAAAACUGUCAUCAACGUUUCCUGUCGCUUCUCUCGAUGAAACUGUAAGAAUAUAAACUAAAGACGUGAAUUAAAGACGUUAUUAACCGAGUGAAUAAUAAGCUUCCUCACAAAAUGUCUCAUCUGUCUUUGUCAAAUAAAAUAAAAUCACCUUCUUUUAA